AUGGCGGUGUCCCUUUUUUGCGGAGCUUUGCUGUUUGUCGGCCUCUGGUCUGUAUUUGCUGGUCUCUGGGCCGGGUUGGUUGACCUCCGACCAUGGCCCAUUCAAAGGCCCCUUUUAACCAACCCAUUGGAUGCUUGGAUUGCAAAGGAAAGCUCGUAUGCGCUACAGGCACUCCUAGCCAAUAUUGGGGCCGAAGGUGCGAAGGCAAAGGGCGCAGUUGCUGGCAUUGUUGUUGCAAGCCCAAGCAAGAAGGAUCCCGAUUACUUCUACACUUGGACUCGAGACGCGUCUUUGGUAUUCAAAGGUCUCGUGGACGCCUUCAUUUCCGGGGAUACUAGUCUGCAAUCGAAAAUCCAUGAAUAUAUCAGCGCGCAAGCUCAUCUUCAGACUGUUUCUAACCCUUCUGGACGCCUAUCAUCCGGUGGCCUUGGAGAACCAAAAUUUGAUGUCAAUAUGUCAUCGUUCAAUGGCGACUGGGGUCGUCCCCAAAGAGAUGGCCCGGCCUUAAGAGCAACGGUAAUGAUUUCUUACGGAAAAUGGCUUAUUGCAAAUGGGUACGCUAAUACCGCGAGGAUGAUUGUUUGGCCUGUUGUGCAAAAUGACCUAUCCUACGUGGCGCAGUUCUGGAGCAGUCCUGGCUUUGGUCGGCAUAUUCUACUUCCCCUGUCCGAUAACUGUGCACUGACUUGGUAUAUAGAUCUUUGGGAAGAGGUUGACGGCAUGUCGUUUUUUACGACGGCAGUGCAGCAUCGUGCUCUUGUCGAAGGUUCCAGAUUCGCGCGCCAGAUAGGACUCAGAUGCCCGAGCUGUGAAUCCCAAGCUCCCCAGGUCCUCUGUUUUAUGCAAAACUACUGGACAGGGUCGUAUAUCAACUCCAACACCGGUGGUGACCGCUCUGGUAAAGAUACUAACUCCAUCCUUGCAAGUAUCCACACUUUUGACCCUGAGGCUUCAUGUGAUGACUUGACAUUUCAGCCCUGUUCUGCAAAAUCGUUAGCAAACCACAAAGUGCAAAAAUAUGCCCCUGUUUCCGGCGAACUAGCCGAGCAGUUUUCUCGAGAUGACGGAACCCCUCUUUCGGCCUCCGAUUUAACAUGGUCAUACGCCUCGUUCCUGACAGCUGUUUCCCGGCGUAAUUCAAGUGUCCCGGACCCCUGGGGCCAGACAGCUGCCAGUAGCAUCCCGCCGACCUGCCAAAUUACAUCAGCCACGGGACCUUACUGCACAGCAACCAAUACCAAAUGGCCUUCAGAUCUUACUAGCAUCUCGAGAACGAUUUCAUUCUCCAACGGACUCACGGAAACUAAAAUCACUGCUACUUCGACCACUACAACUACAUCCCCAUGUGUCACUCCUGACUCAAUCCUGGUUACAUUCAACGAAGUCGCCACAACGACCCUUGGACAGAGGAUCUUCAUAAUUGGCUCUGUUCCAGAGCUCGGGUCCUGGGACAUUCAAUCUGCAAUUGCGCUCUCCGCAGACCAGUAUACCGAUGACAAUCGUUUAUGGCAUCGAACUAUUCAAUUGGGUGCAGGGCUGGACUUCGAGUAUAAGUACCUUCGUAAGGAAUCGGGCGAGAGUGUUUCAAAUGCCACAUCGUAUGAGCUGGAGGGCGGUAUCAACGCCAUUCCAGAAACGGGAAAUCCUCUGUCACAAAUGGAUGAUGCUUCUAGAAGAAGCCUCUUUACGCAGUAA